CGGCCAUCCCCAGGUCACACCACAACAUCAGCGUCUCCCAGCUGUCCACUCGAUUAACUACCCUUCAACCAAACUCCCUCACACACACACCGCCAUCAUGUCGACCGAGACGUUCGAGUUCCAAGCGGAGAUUUCGCAGCUCCUGUCCCUCAUCAUCAACACCGUUUACUCCAACAAGGAAAUCUUCCUGCGAGAGCUCAUUUCCAACAGCUCCGACGCCCUUGACAAGAUCCGAUAUGAAGCCCUCUCAGACCCCAGCAAGCUCGACUCCGGCAAGGACCUGCGCGUCGACAUCAUCCCCGACAAGGAUGCGAAAACCUUGACCAUCCGCGACACUGGCAUUGGCAUGACCAAGGCCGACCUCGUCAACAACCUCGGAACCAUUGCCCGCUCCGGCACCAAGCAGUUCAUGGAGGCCCUCACCGCUGGUGCGGACGUGUCCAUGAUUGGUCAAUUCGGUGUUGGUUUCUACUCUGCAUACCUCGUCGCCGACCGGGUGACCGUCACUUCCAAGCACAACGAUGACGAGCAGUACGUGUGGGAGUCGAGUGCCGGUGGCACCUUCAACAUCAUCGCAGACACCACCGGCGAGCAGCUCGGCCGUGGCACCAAGAUCGUCCUGCACCUCAAGGACGAGCAGACUGACUACCUCAACGAAAGCAAGAUCAAGGAGGUUGUCAAGAAGCACUCCGAGUUCAUCUCCUACCCCAUCUACCUUCACGUCCUCAAAGAGACCGAGACGGAGGUCCCGGACGAAGAUGCCGAGGAGAGCAAGGCCGAUGAGGACGAAGAGAAGAAGCCCAAGAAGGUCAAGGAGAGCAAGAUUGAGGAGGAGGAGCUGAACAAGACCAAGCCCAUCUGGACCCGCAACCCUCAGGACAUCUCCCAGGAAGAGUAUGGCUCCUUCUACAAGUCGCUGUCCAACGACUGGGAGGACCACCUCGGCGUCAAGCACUUCUCCGUCGAGGGUCAGCUCGAGUUCCGCGCCAUUCUCUUCGUCCCCAAGCGCGCGCCCUUCGACCUCUUCGAGACCAAGAAGACCAAGAACAACAUCAAGCUUUACGUGCGCCGCGUCUUCAUCACCGACGAUGCCACCGACCUCAUCCCCGAGUGGCUCUCGUUCAUCAAGGGUGUUGUCGACUCCGAGGACCUCCCCCUCAACCUUUCUCGUGAGACCCUGCAGCAGAACAAGAUCAUGAAGGUGAUCAAGAAGAACAUUGUCAAGAAGACGCUCGAGCUCUUUGGCGAGAUUGCCGAGGACAAGGAGCAAUUCGACAAGUUCUACAGCGCCUUCAGCAAGAACAUCAAGCUUGGCAUCCACGAGGACAGCCAGAACCGCCAGGCCCUCGCCAAGCUGCUCCGCUUCCACAGCACCAAGUCUGCCGACGAGACCACCUCGCUCGCCGACUACGUCACCCGCAUGCAAGAGCACCAGAAGCAAAUGUACUACAUCACCGGCGAGAGCACCAAGGCCGUGGAGAAGUCUCCCUUCCUUGACGCGCUCAAGGCCAAGAACUUCGAGGUCCUCUUCCUCACCGACCCCAUUGAUGAGUACGCAUUCACUCAGCUCAAGGAGUUUGAUGGCAAGAAGCUGGUCGACAUCACCAAGGACUUCGAGCUCGAGGAGACCGAGGAGGAGAAGACGCAGCGUGAGGCGGAGGAGAAGGAGUACGAGUCGCUCGCCAAGUCGCUCAAGAACGUCCUUGGCGACAAGGUCGAGAAGGUCGUGGUCUCCCACAAGCUCGUCGGCUCGCCCUGCGCCAUCCGCACCGGUCAGUUCGGCUGGUCCGCGAACAUGGAGCGCAUCAUGAAGGCCCAGGCUCUCCGUGACACCUCCAUGUCCAGCUACAUGAGCAGCAAGAAGACCUUUGAAAUCUCCCCCAAGAGCGCCAUCAUCAAGGAGCUGAAGAACAAGGUCGAGGCGGACGGCGAGGGCGAUCGCACCGUCAAGUCCAUCACCACCCUGCUCUACGAGACCUCGCUGCUCGUCUCCGGCUUCACCAUCGACGAGCCCGCCGCGUAUGCCGAGCGCAUCCACAAGCUCGUCUCCCUGGGCCUGAACGUCGACGAGGAGGCCGAGACUGCGGAGGAGGGCCCGAAGGAGCAGGCUGCCGAGACUGCCGGUGCUGGCGAGAGCGCCAUGGAGGAGGUUGACUAGAUGAUGGCCCUUAGAGCUUCCAUCCACCUUGCAUAAUGGCUACAUGGCUGUGCAGAGCAGGCGGCGUUCCCCCUUUACUUUGCUGUACUUUCAUCACGGACAGGUCUAUACUUCUUCGGCUGCAGAAGGUCAAAAGACGGAGGAUGGGCUGUAACUUUAGUAUUCUAGAUAACGUGUUGUAAAAGUUUGCCUCGAACCUUCCUUCAC